AUUAACAGACAAAAAAAUGGUUUUACACAAAUCAGUUAAACCAAUGGCUUAUGCGUUACUUUUACUCCUAGCGAUUUAUACCCAUAUCCAAACCGUUGGUUCAACCACCGAAACCUCUGUCUCGCUCGCCAAUUUGAAACAUAGUUUGGUCACAAGAAGUAAAACGUUCUCUGAGAACGAUUUUCCAGUUUGGCGAAGGGAGCUUAGAAGCAGUGGUGGAGGCGGAGGAGGAGGAGGUCGUGGGGGCGGAGGCGGUAGCAGCGGAGGUCGUGGCAGUGGUAGUCGUGGUGGCGGAGGGAGUGGUAACAGCGGUACGAGCAGCGGUUCGAGUAGCGGUGACUGUCUCAAGCAUUAUGGUCUGUCCAAAAGACUAAUAUUCAUCGGUUUUCUAGGGGUUUUAGUUGUUGUAUGGUAAUUUGACAAUUUUUCUAAUGAAAGAUUGUAUAUAUUAAUUAGUAUAUGGUUGUUUUUUUAUGUUAAUGUUUAUGUUGUAAUAUUCUUUCGUGUGGUAUUCUUUUGUGUUAUGUAGUAGGGUUUAUGUCCAUAUCAUGCGCAUAUGCAUUUGUGAAUUUUAAUUGUUAGAUUGA